GGAAACAAUUUCAAUACCUUGACUCUUCCCCUUGCACCCCGCGGUUUAAUUUCCUUAUCUAUUCUCCUUGGACGACCUAGUGAAACAUCGAUUGCUCUAGAGGGAUCAAUCAGCUUCGCCAAGAUGCCCGAACCUAUCACCAUGGGCAUUAUUGCCAUCUGCUACGCGCUUUUCAGCGUUGCCAACACGAUCAUUGAGACUAUCGUAAAAUUCUUCAAAGCCAUACGAGAGUACCGCCUGGAGAGGCUAUUCAAGAAAAUGGGAGGAUUGAUACAAGAGCACAAGCAAGAUGGAUAUUUAGAUAGGAUGCAGCGACGAAGCCUCCACGGCAUGCUCCAAAAGGCUCGAGAAGCGAAUUGGAAGGGUCAUAUUCAGAACUCGGGACAGCGAGAAUUGAUCGAGCAAGCUGAUCAGCUUGAGCGCGAGAUUGAGGAAGUCGUGGCCGCUGCUGAUUAGGGUCACUUUGACGAUGCUGCCCAGCCGUCAAACAAGAAGACUGGCCAGUAUGAUUCGGUGAGGAGCAAUGCAAU